AUGGCCGAGAGUUCAUGUGUCCACGGUCUUCGACAUCAGGCACGGUGCCUUACUUCGGUUAAAGCCAGUACAGAAGAAAGUCAAUUCCUGGUUGGAACAGUAGGAACAAAAGACAAUGGCGUGUGUCUAUUGAAGUACGAUGACGAACAAGCAGAAGUUAAAUCUAUAAUGUAUGCUCAUGCCGAUGAGGUAUGGGACAUUGCAUCCUGUCCGGCCGAUGAAAAUUUGUUCUUCACUGUUCACAGUCGAGUAUCUGAAAAUCCAAGGCAGAAAAAGGUGACCUUGUGGAGAAAGCCGGUAUGGUCGCAGGAAAAUGACACGAGUCUUGUCAAAGUUACUAGACUUGAACAGGAGGGAAUUAAAAGAGUAUUAUGGGAUCCUGUAAAGGAGAACCAGCGAGUGGUCUCGUUUGAUCCAACUCAUAUCCGUCUUCAUGAUCUUGAUCCUGUUUCUACAACUGUAUCUUUAGAUGUUAGUCAGACGUUUGCAUCAGAUCCCAAUUCACCAAGUCUCCGAGAAAUACAAAAUGCUGUGUGGAGCCCUCAUGAGGCUGCCGUGGUUGCAGUAGGAGAUCAAUGCUUGGCUGGGUGGGAUCUUCGUUCAGGCGAGUCUCAGUUUGUUCGCCAAAAGGCCCACAAGAGUACUAUUCGAACUGUGGAUUACAAUGCAAAUAAACCACACCAUGUGGCGACAGGUGGAGAUGAUGCUGAGGUGCGUAUUUGGGACAUUCGCCACCUAGGUGAGCCUAUCAUGACUGUCUCUGGACACACACAUUGGGUCUGGUCCGUGGCAUUCAACACAUUCCAUGAUCAACUCUUAUUGACCUCGAGUUCUGAUACCCUCGUAAAUCUACACAAUGUAGUGUCAGUAUCAUCGGCUUCCUAUCUGCGUAAUGAACAAGUCAGUGAUUCAACUGAUGCGGAUGCGGAUGCUUACUGGAACAGUUAUACACCUACAGAUGGCUUGAUAUGUACUUAUGAUCAACAUGAAGACAGCGUUUAUUCGGCUGUUUGGAGUCCGGCAGAUACCUGGACGUUUGCUUCUCUAUCUUAUGCUGGCCGCAUUGUUAUAAGCCAGGUCCCACCCGAUGAACGAUUCAAGAUUAUGGGUGUCUAA